AUGCGCGGAGAAGCUGGUGGAUACAUAUCGGUUGCCCACAAUCAAUCCAUCACCUCCAAGCUGCUGGGCCUUGCGAGCAGGUCGUACAACCCUGUGCGUCCCUUCUCCUUGAAAGGGCGGCUCUUCCAUGUCUUCCUCUCCUACCGAGUGGCAUGCGACAAGGAGAUAGCGCACAUGAUCUACAAACAGCUUCGAGAGGUCUCCACCUCAAGGCUCCCCAUCCCCGCCGAAGGGAGAGGUCAGUGGUGCGGCUUCACCAAGAAGCCCUCAGGCCUGCCUCCUCAAUGUGCUAAGGUGUUCUUGGACGUGGAAUGCCUGGAAGACGGGAAGAACUGGGAGGACUCGUUUGCUCGCGGAGUCGUGCACACCAUGGUCUUCGUUCCCCUACUCUCGUGGACGGGGGAUGGGGGAGGGUCGCUGGGAGGGAUGAUGUCGCUGAAGGAUGCGGACAGAGUGGACAACGUGCUUCUCGAGUACAUCAUCGCGUUGGAGUGGACGCGGAUGGAGGACAGCUCUCUUCGCUCGAUCCUCCCCGUGUUCAUGGACAGGGACUCGGAGGGGGCAGAGGUGAGGUUUCCGAUGGAGGAGCUGAAGAAUCUCCCCGACCGUCCUUCCAAGAUGACCAACGACACGGCAGAGCAGCUGCUGCGGAGCUUCGGCGUGAAGGAAGCGCAACUGAUGGAGAUGAGAAGCAGGUCGGUGAAGGAGACGGUGGGGAUGAUCUUGAAGCUGCAGGGGAUCAAGCUGUCGCAGAUGUCGUCAGAGCAGCCCUUCACUGACUGCGCCGAGAGGAUCCUGCAUGUAGUUCGUAGGGACAUAGACUCGUGGAGGAGGAGGAGGUUUCGUUUCAACACGCCGACGGGGGUGGAGCUGCUGGACUGGCUACAGGAGAACAGCCUGAUGCGGGCAGCUCCCAUCCUGAAUGCUGCAGACCUGCACACGCUCGACAUCAUAGCGAAGCUGAGGAGAGAGGACGUGGAUCGCUUGUGGACGCUGUUCAGCAUAGCUACUGGGGUUGAGAAUGGGACUGAGUUAGAGACUUUGGGCCUGCGACUGCGACUGGCGGCUGCGAUCGAGAAGCUCAAGGAGGACGAGCGAUCGCACAAGCUGGCGAGGAGGCUGGAUGACUACACAGACGUGCGAGGAUCUGCACUGUCCUGCACGUUCUCCAGUAACGCUUGUGAGAUUGCAAUGUCAAAGGUGUUCUUCCAGGUUGCCGUAGCGCUCUAUGGUAGUGGUCUUAUCCUCUUUGGGGCUUACGUGAUGGCGAACCCGUUCCUGUGGUACGGGGGGGGGAGGACGAGGCUGCUGUGGGCAAACUACUUCAUCAUGACUCCUCUGAAUGAGAUCGGGCUAGGCAUUCUCAUCAUCCUCAUCUCCUACGCUGGUCGUUACCAGUCUCCUCUAGUUGCUCGCCGGUUUGCUCAGAGGAUGUUUACGGUGAACAGCUUCACGGCUGUCCUCGCCCUCCUCGUCGAGAUCCUGCAGCAUGCUCUGUCCUUGCACGACCCGAGCUGGACGUGGGAGACGUCGGUGGAAACAGGCUUUCUCAUCUGGAUCAUCGUCUGUAUAAUCUUCAGCCUUGUCCUCUCCCUCCUCCUCCGCUACCGACAGGAUCCAGCUUCUUGUGCGGUCAACCCGAUCCUCAAUGGAGGAGCCAACAAGUAUGUCGGGGACCUGAUGCUUGUGAUCGCCUGCUCAUACUUCGCCAUGAUUCCGAUUCUCUUGGUUCUGUGGGUGCGAGUGCGUAAGGAGGCGUCGCAGUAUCUCAGCCGGGACGUGGAGCGAUACAACGAGCGAUGGAAGCGGGUGAGGGAGAGGUUCAACAUCGAAAGCCUCAGCGUGGCGAGUGAGCCCGCUCCUCAUCGCGGUAAGGUCGCAGAUGUACAGGUUGUGGUGGACUCGAGCCGCUGCGAGGACGAUCGUGAAGCGUUCCGUCGCGUCCUGGUGCUGACUCGCCGCAUCUCCUCCAUCAUCACCAACGACUCUCGCGCCCUAUCGCGCCAGGACAAGUGGACCAACAUAGUCUGGCUUCUGACCUCGCACUUCGACCAGAGCAGGAGGUACUCCCUCAACGGCAAGGCGCGGCAGCGAUCCUCGGACAUCGACCAGCUGUUUGCACAGGCCGCGAGCAUCAACGAGCCUGUCCAGCAGGUGCUGAGCUCCAUCGUGGAGAGCUACCUGGCGACUCAGACGCAUGAGAAGGAGCAACCGACGAGCGUUCCAUCCCCAGCUGAGCUUCAUGCGACCUUUGGGGGGGAAGAACCUGUCAAGAAGUUUGAGUUUGUACCUGGGCCGGUGAAGCAGCCGCUGCGGAGCUUCCAGAAGUGCAUCAGGGCUUACAGGAGGGACGUUGGGCUGCUGACGGAUCUUGUGCGAUGUACGUUUGUGGUGGAGGACAUGCAGACGCUGCUGGGGGUGCUGAUGAGCCUCCUGGAGCGAUCGGUCGUCGGCUUCUUCACCCAGCACGACCUGUACGGGGAGGGAGGGGAGGGAGGAGGAGAGGGCCAAGGGAAGAAGCUGUUCCGCAUCACCAAGGUGAAGAAUCGCUUCGACGAGGAGUCGAAGGACUUCGAGGAGGCGACGGGUUUCCGCAACCUCUCGCUCUCCCUCGAGGUCGGCUGGACGAGCGACGAGCGGACCUGCCACUUCGUUCCUGUCGCCGCGUGGGAGCGGAACGGGGAGGUGGAGACGCACAUCGUGGAGGUGCAGGUUCACCUCCGGCCGCUGUAUGAGGUCACCAAGGAAGGAAGCCACGAGAGCUACGUGUUCUGGCGAGAUCUCCUUGCCAAGUGA